AUGUCCAUGAGAUCACUGACGGAGGCGCGCAUCGAAACGAACAAUACGCUGUCACUGAGCGUAAUGGCCGAUACAAAACCAUUCAUCUGGUAUCAGAAUGACUCAUCGCAUGUCACCAUGAUUGGCUGUUCCGCUUAUCGUCGCGAUAGCCGGGUCCCAGAUAGGAUUAGCUCAUAUGUACGAAGAGCAACCCAGGCGUCCGUCUUUCCCCUUUUUUCCCCUCUCCUCGUCAGCCUCACCGUCAUUCAGUCAUGGCGGCGGUUGCAGUCUCAGUCUUCGUCAGUCCCCGCAACUCCAGCGCCCACUACUUCCAACCGCAACAGCGCGCUGUCCUCGACUGCAACGGAUAACAACAGUCGCAGUCAUAGUCAUCACCAGCUGCUGCUGUCGCCGUCUGCAUACCACCUUUCUCUCCCUGUCGCCUCUUUCUCCACUCCCUCAUCGCAGCUAUUGCCGCCUCUUUUCCCCGAACUCCCAUCAAACCCGCCAUAUCACUAUCUUGAAGCUCCUUCAUAUCCUUCCGAAGGCCACCUCCUGGCCGAUGUCACUGCUGGCGGGGACUUCUCUCAUGCUUUUUCGUUUCUAUCAUCAGAUGAUUUCUUGCAAGGUCUAGAAGAACACAGCUCUCUGCCGGUUCCACAAGACAAUGUGUACUACACAACUCGUCGGCCCAGUCGAGAGACGGAGAAUCCCCUCAUGACCGCACCGGAAUUAUCAACACAAGCCCCUCCAGUGUCCAAUUUGAACCAGUCGCAUCCUUCAAUCCUCCGUCAUGACAAUACGCCCGUCUCCUGUUCUUCCCUACCUGUCGCUUCCUUACCAGCCCCAUCGCCAUCGCCGUCCACGCAGUCCUCUAGCAUCGCAUCUCGCAAACCUGCAAACUCGGACCUCAGCUCGCUCAAGCGCCCCCUAGCAGACGGCCAGUCACCUGUAGAAGACGAGGCAGUCGUCGAGAAAAGACAACGUAACACAAUCGCCGCUAGGAAAGCUCGUCGCAAAAAGGAUGACCGAAUCAUCACGCUAGAAACAGAGCUGGCCGCAGUUACGCGGGAACGUGAUGAGAUGAAAUUGUUAGUAGCCCGGCUUGAGGGUGAGAAUGCAGCCUUGAAGAAAGUGGGUUGGGGAUGA